AUGAAAGUUGCCGUCCUGGGUCUCCCCAGAACAGGCACACAGUCCCUCGCCGACGCCCUCGCAAUCCUCAAAAUCGCCCCCGUAUACCACAUGCGCGAAGUCGCCAAAAACACCCACCAAGAUCUUUGGAUCGCCGCCAUAACCGACAACCUCCCCGUCUCCAACCCCCUAAACCCCUGGUUAAAAUCCCAAUGGGAUGCCCUCCUCUCUCCGUACGAAGCAGUCUCCGACUUCCCCCCCUCCCUCUUCCCAACCGCCCUCGCAGAAGCAUACCCCACGACCCCAAUAAUACUAACCACCCGCUCCUUCGACUCCUGGGCGUCUUCGAUGCGGGAUACUCUGAUCCACGCACACCUUCACCGGGGUAAGCACCAGACCAAAUCGCCUAUGGAGGAGUUGGCGAACGCGUACCACUCUGCCUGCUGGGACAACGACUUUGAGAAGAAUGGAGAGGCGUAUUUUCAGAGGCACCAUGAGGAGGUGAGGGCACUUCAUACUGAUGGGCGUAAGUGUCUCGAGUUGAGACCUGGAGACGGGUGGGAGCCGCUUUGUGCGUUUUUGGGGGUCGAGGUGCCAGAUGUGGCGUUUCCGAGGAGCGAUGAUUGGGUUGAGUAUAAGAAGAAGGUUGAGCAGGAGAGGGGGGAAGUAGGUGCUGUCGAAAAGUAG